CGUCCUUUCCCUUUUCUGCCGCUCCCCCGCCUCCUCCUCAUUUUGUAAGGCGCGUUCCAUCGGCCGCUCCAGCCGCCGGAGAGACGGCUUGCAUCUGCCAAGCGCGGGGGCGCCGGCGGGAUCUGUUCGGCUGCCUCUUAAACCCGGGUGUCGAGAGCGUGCGAAGAAGCAGCCGAGUUAGCGCGGAGCGGAGGAACCACGCAGUAAUUGGAUUUUUUAAAAAUUACUGAAAAGCCCUUGGAGUAAAAUGCGCGGAUCAAGCGGGAGAAGCAAUCGUAAUCCGUUUAACUCUGAAGCCUAAAAUCCCAGGCAUUUUUUAUUUUUUUAAAAGGAACGGAGAGCAAGCGAAAUUGCCACGGAGGGACUUUCUCAAGGACUUGUUCUUCCACACCCGACGCCUCCAAUGAAACUUUUUUAUAUAUAAAAAGGAAGAAAACCCCUAUGGACUGAUUUCGCGCGGCGGGGAAAAAAGACUCCAGCCCUUGCGAUUUCGUUGGGAACCAGGUACUUUUGGGACAAACCGAGGCGUGUGUUUUGAGUGUUGGAAAGACCCGUUCCGGAGGCGAGGCAAACGCGGAGAGGCUUCCCGGUCCUGGCUGCUCCGCAGACGGAUCCCUGCACAGCCCUUUGGCGAGCGAUCAACGGGAAAGCCGGCUGAGCGAGCGAUCCGCCCCUCCCGCCUCCCCCACCCGAGAGCAGGCGGCUGCAAGAGCGAGCCGAGCCAGCCCCGCCGCCGCCUGACCCCUUUUGCAGCUCGCCCCGUUGGGGGAAAGUCGCGGAGGUCCGGCGGCUCUUGCCUUGGGAGCCCCGAGGCGCCAGACUGCGCAGACCUCCCUGGUGCUCCGCGCUUCUCUCCCGGGUGCGCGCGUGUUCGGCUGCCCGCCGCUGCGCCGGAUCAUGGGCCGGGGAGCGGCGUCGUGCGGGAGGCGGGCGGCGCCCCUUCCUCGUCCUGCCGCGGGCCUGUGGGCCUUGGCUUGGUGCGCCCUGGUCUGGGGCUUCCCUCGGGGCGCCGGCGCGCAGCCUUACCAGGGCGAGAAGGGCAUCUCGGUGCCGGACCACGGCUUCUGCCAGCCCAUCUCCAUCCCUCUGUGCACGGACAUCGCCUACAACCAGACCAUCUUGCCCAACCUGCUGGGCCACACGAGCCAGGAGGACGCGGGCCUGGAGGUGCAUCAGUUCUACCCGCUGGUGAAAGUGCAGUGCUCGCCCGAGCUGCGCUUCUUCCUGUGCUCCAUGUACGCGCCCGUCUGCACCGUCCUGGAGCGCGCCAUCCCGCCGUGCCGCUCGCUCUGCGAGAGGGCGCGCCAGGGCUGCGAGGCCCUCAUGAACAAGUUCGGCUUCCAGUGGCCCGAGCGCCUCCGCUGCGAGAACUUCCCCGUCCAGGGCGCCGACGAGAUCUGCGUGGGCCAAAACACCUCGGACACCUCCGGGGGCGCGGGGGGGACGGGCGGCGGCGCCUACCCCCCCGCCGCCGCCUCCUCCCCCACUCCCCCUCUGCCCGACCCCCCGUCGCACCCUCUGCCCCCCUCCAGCUCCGCCUUCUCCUGCCCCCGCCAGCUCAAGGUGCCCCCUUACCUGGGCUACCGCUUCCUGGGGGAGAGGGACUGUGGCGCCCCCUGUGAGCCGGGCUUGCCCCACGGGCUGAUGUACUUCAAAGAGGCGGAAGUCCGUUUUGCCCGCCUGCUGGUGGGCAUCUGGUCCGUGCUGUGUUGCGCCUCCACCCUCUUCACCGUGCUGACCUACCUGGUGGACAUGCGGCGCUUCAGCUACCCGGAGAGACCCAUCAUCUUCCUCUCGGGGUGUUACUUCAUGGUGGCCGUGGCGUACGUGGCCGGCUUCGUCCUGGAAGACAAGGUGGUGUGCGUGGAACGCUUCUCCGAGGACGGCUACCGCACGGUGGUGCAAGGCACCAAGAAGGAGGGCUGCACCAUUCUCUUCAUGAUCCUCUACUUCUUCGGCAUGGCCAGUUCCAUCUGGUGGGUCAUCCUCUCGCUCACCUGGUUCCUGGCGGCCGGCAUGAAGUGGGGCCACGAAGCCAUUGAGGCCAACUCCCAAUACUUCCACUUGGCCGCCUGGGCUGUGCCGGCCAUCAAGACCAUCACCAUCCUGGCCAUGGGGCAGGUGGACGGAGAUGUUCUCAGUGGGGUCUGCUACGUGGGCAUCUACAGCGUGGACGCCCUGCGGGGCUUCGUCCUGGCUCCGCUCUUCGUCUACCUCUUCAUCGGCACCUCCUUCCUGCUGGCCGGCUUUGUGUCGCUCUUCCGGAUCAGGACCAUCAUGAAGCACGAUGGCACCAAGACGGAGAAGCUGGAGAAGCUGAUGGUGAGGAUCGGGGUCUUCAGCGUCCUCUACACGGUGCCGGCCACCAUUGUGCUGGCCUGCUACUUCUACGAACAGGCCUUCCGGGACACCUGGGAAAGGACCUGGCAACUGCAGACCUGCAACAGCUACGCCAUCCCUUGCCCUGCCAACGUGGCCCCCAUGAGCCCCGACUUCACGGUCUUUGUCAUCAAGUACCUCAUGACCAUGGUUGUAGGCAUCACCACCGGCUUCUGGAUUUGGACGGGCAAGACCCUCCAGUCCUGGCGCCGCUUCUACCACAGACUCAGCACCGGGAGCAAAGGGGAGACGGCUGUAUGAGCUUCUUCCGUCCCAGGCAGGCUGUCUCCCCAAAGCUGCUCUCUUGCUUCUUGUGGAGAAGACUUGGUUGUAGAAGGAAAGAGGGAACUGGUGAGACGCCUGCUGUUUUCCUUCAAACUCUGCCUCUUCUUCUUGCCACCGAAAAGAUAAAGAUGGUUGCUUGCUUGUUUCCCCUUGCAGGCUGGCCAAGUUGAAGAGUUGAAGAUUAAGUGCCCUUCUUAAGACUGCUCCUCAGGACAGUAAAUUUCUUAACCCUGUGAUAAUUUCUUUACUUCCCAUCCUGGUUUUUUUUUUAAAAAAAGUGCUGCAGUAUCUGUUCAAAGGGAAAUAUUGGGAUUGUGCCAGGGAUAGAAGCUGGGGAGACAGCAUAGGAAAGGGAAGAAAAGCAAUAUAUCCCCCCCCCAAAAAAACAACAAAUUGGUCACAUUUGUGGAUUUAUGUGCUAACUCCCCCACCUCAAAUCCAGAGUUCCUGAUUCACAGCCUUUGUCAACUGCAUCCUGGCGGAUUUUAUUUUUCUCAGACAACACUGCAAAUUGGAAGUCUUGCUCCCUGUACUUCUGUUUUGUGUGUCUUCUGUCUGCAAACUUCUUUAGGAAUCUUCAGUUCCAUCCUCUGCAUGACUUACUCAGAAAACCAUCCAUUUAAUUUCAAGGCUCUUACUCCUAAGUAAGUAUGUGCAUAGGAUUUUAGCGUCCUCUAUAGACUUACUUGUGAGUAAGACCCCACUGGGUCUUCCGCCUGAGUAGACCCGUUUAGGAUUUCCCUGUUAAGUUUCACUGAGCUCUAUGAAACUUCUCUCCUGAGUUAAUGCAUGUUAAAUUGGCUCUGCAGAAAACGUUUUCUCUUCUACUUCAGCUUUAAAAGUUUUUCCCCCCCAAAUGAAUCCCUGCUUUGGCAGAAGGUAUCUUGCUGGGGUGGGGGAGGAGAGGAGCUUUCUGUGUAGGAUUCUGAAAAAAGAAUUGACAUGUUGAUUUUCAGUAGAAUGCGAUUUACCCUCUUCCCUUUUGUUAGCGGAGACAAAAGAGAAACAAAAGUGUAUUUCUCUGCAGCAAGGCAUAAGCAUGGGAUCAGUUUUUUAUGGGGAAACUUAACAAAGAAUUUGUUGAGGUUCAGCCAUGGAGCUCGCUGGCUCAGUCAGGUCCACAUUCCUUUUAUGAACACAAGAGGGAAGUUUCAGAAAGGUCUCCUGUUUAACUCAAUCUGAGACUCACUCACUGUUGUUUGUUUGUUUUUUUAAAAAAGGGAGUUUUAAUUUGGAACACUUGACAAAACAGGCCACAUCAAAAUACGCAAAGCAGGCGGUUAUAAUAUCUCUUGGUCACAAGGCUGCAGUUUCCUCUGCUAAUUACAGAGAUCACCCUUAAAUACUGAAAAAGGGGGAAAGACUUUGAAACCGACAACUGCAGCAGAAAGAUAUUUAUCAGCCCAGACCUAAAUCCCGUUCUCUGUUCACGUGGUUUUAAAAGCCCGUUGAAAUCCGUGUUAUAGUUUCUUUUUUAAAAAUCUAAUUCUGUGCCGGGUUGUGGCCAUUAUUAUGGAGAAAUAGAUUUUAUCGGAAACGAGACUUUCAGUGCACUCCUGUCCAUUUUUACGCUGGUAUAAGUUCUGCUGGGUUCGCUGGGGCUUAUUCUGUGGUGAAUGUGUUAAUUUUGUGUGCUUGACCACCAUCCAGCAAAAAGUUGUCGUAAGGCCACAAACCUGUGCACACAUAACCAGGAAAAAAAAGUUCCACACAUUGGUGCUUACUUAGGAUCCGAGUGGCCUGUAAUUAAUCAUCUCUAACUUGAGUCCCAUUGAUGGGGAAUUAUGACAUGUCCCAAACAGCUAAUUUUUUGGGUUGUGCUGAAGCUGUUAAAUGAAUGGUAAACUGCAACUGCUGGUUUCUCUUCUUCCUAAACUGGGCAGUUCUUUAAAAAAAAAAAAAGCAUAAUAAAUACAUGUUCAGAGUCUGCCUUGCUGUAUUCUGUGAGUAAGGAAUACUUCUGAGUAGACCAGUAUAGGGUGGUGCUGUCUCUUUCCUUGAACCUUGUUAAAUAGAAAGUCUUCUGAAAUAAGAAGGGAAAGGGUGUUUUCAGCACAGCAUCAUCAUAUGUGAAAUUCUCCAGACAGCCAUUCAUCGAAAUAAAUUAAGUUUUACUUCAGAAGCAUUUCAUGUUCCUUUCUGAAAUGUUCCAGUGCUCUCAAGUCUCUUAAAUUAUGUUAAAUUGACCUUUUCAUAUAUAGAUAAAUUAGGGGGUUUUCUUUCUUUUUUUAAGCUUUCUGCGAACCUAAGGGGUUUGAAUUUAUUUUUGCUUGAAAGACUAAUUGGAGAACUGCAGGCUUUUUUAACAAGCUCUGCUUCCAUUUCCCCUUCCUAUGGCUGUAAUAACUUUCUUCUUUAUAUGUAUGAACGGAAAUCCAAGUUUUUAAAUAAAUAGAAAGUAGUGGAAAGGGAAAGUCAUCUGGGUGUGAGUGUGUGCAGGGCGUAAUGUUUGAGAAUGAGGCAGCAAAAGAGAAAAAACCCCACCCCAGUAAUUUUGCAGUAUGUUUUGUCUCCCUGGUUCAGAGAUCCUGGUUUGUUUGUUUUUUAAGACAAUAAGACCAGCUAAAAGUACAAGAUGUAUAUUUUGUAAAUCUGACAUUUUGUAAGAAUAUAUAUAUGUAUUUAUGUUUUUAUUUACUUUUUUGUCUUCAAAUGGUCUGUGUAAGACCCAUUCAUAUGUACAGAACACAAAAAUAAAUGGAUUUUUAAUAC